AUGACGGAGGAGCAACGCAUGGAAGAAGGUCGCCGCAUGUUUCAAAUCUUUGCCGCUCGCAUGUUCGAACAGAGGGUCUUGACUGCCUAUAAGGAAAAGGUUGCUCGAGAACGACAAGCCAAGCUUUUGGAAGAGCUCGAGGACGAAAGUCGACAAGAUGCUCAGAAGAAAGCCAAAAAGGCCAAGGAGGCCCAGAAGCGGAAAGAGAAGGCUGCACAAAAGAAGCAGGCCCAAGCCGAGGAAAAGGCUCGAAAAGAGGCCGAAAAAGCCGCUCAAGAAGCUGAACGUGUAGCUGAAGCACAACGACGAGCUGAAGAGGCCAAGACCAAGGCAGAGGAAAAACGUAAGAAGAAGGAGCUGCAAAAGAAGGCCGAGGACGAAGAACGAAUACGUAAGGAAGUAGACCGACAGAAGCGUGCUCUCGAGGCAAAGGAGAGGCAGGCCGAGCAGGAGCGAAAAGCACGCGAAGCUAAGGACCGUGAGAAAAAGCUGAAAGAGGAGCAGCGCGCCAAGGAAAAGGAGGCCCGCGAGCAAAAAGAGCGUGAGACUAGGGAACGACGCGAGAAGCAUGAGAAAGACAAGCGAGAUAAGGACCAGCGAGCCGCCCAGGCCAAGGCAGAGCGCGAUGCCAAGGAGAAGCAAAAGCAGGAGGAAAAGGCUGCCCAAAAAGCCGCCGCCCUUGCUCCAUCUGUCCCUGUUUCCUCGCAGCCCAAGAAGCAGCAGCACUUGGCCUCAAUCCCAGCGUUACCUCAACAACCGCCGGUUCAGGCCUCGCCGCAAAUUGCUGUUGCGACUCCAGCUAUCCCCAAGGUGCCCAUGAAGCCUCGGAACUCGUCCCAGGAAGUCACAAGGUCUGUAUCGCAGUCAUCUCAUCCCGGAUCAGGAACCAGCCAGAAUGCGUCGCCGCACCCUUUUACUCCGGCCCAUGCUAGUCCAGUGCCCGGUGGUCUCCAGGGAAGGUCAUCUGCUGGUGUGGCUAGUACACCUACAAUGGUGCCAAUAUCACCAUCUCACCCCGGAAUGAAGAGUCCUCCUGGCUAUGCGCAGCCCGGCUUCCCAACCGGUAUGUCUCCUAUGGGCAUGCCAUACCCCCCGGGAAUGCCCAUGGGCCCUGGAUUCAAUCAUAUGCCGAAUCAUCCAAUCCCGCCGAUGGCUGGCGCCUUUCGACCCCCUCCUGGUAACCUGCCAUAUCCGCCUGGCUUCAAUGGGCCAGUAGGCCGCGGAUUCCCCAUGCAUCCGGGUGGUGCUACUCAUGGCUGGCCCGGCAGUUUUGAUGGCUUGCCGCCCAUGAGCCCGUUCCCUGUCCACGAGAAUAUGGUACCCAGCCAACCUGGAUCACACUCGAGGCAGGCGUCUGCAAGCUUUGAUGGCAGUCCUCUGGAACCCAAGAUAUCUGGCGCGUCCGCUCAGCCCAUUGCGCGCCCGUCGCCCAUUGGUCGUCCUGGUAGUAUCAGCCGUGGUCAACGCUCAAACGACGACGACAUUAGUCACUUGGGUAGCAGUGCGCUGCUUGGCGAUAACGACGAACCCUUGGAUGACUUUAACAACUAUCAACGACGUCAUACCGUGGCCCCGGGCAACAAUAUGCCAUUCUCCGUAGGGUCUUUUGGCGAGACCAUCUUUGGUUCGCCGAGCUUGAGCCAAGGCUGGGGCGGUCCUCAGAGCGCGUUCGGGUCUGCACCACCCCCUGGGCUAAGUUCCCCUUGGCCGUCAAACCCUACAUUCGGAGGUGGCCCACCCCAAGCUAGGGUAUCGCGGCCAGUAGCGGUACGAAGGAUGCUUGUGACGGCCUGCAAAGAACUCAAGAAUCACGCCACCGAUGCAGAUGGCUUCAUCGACCUCUCGAUCGUCAAGGGCCAUGUCGACUCUAUCAACCACUUGGAGGCAGUAUCCGAGACUGAGCUGCUGAGCAUGUGUGAAACAGAAGGCAGCCCUCAGAAUGGAGAUGGCAGCUUUGACAUUCGACUUGAUGAGAAAUCGGGCAAGACAAACAUUCGCUAUGAUCCUACUGGAGGAGCACCGUCCACCAUGCCACGCAAUAUCGGAGCUCCCGGCCAAGUGAGCAGUCCCAUUGUUGGCUCUUCAGGACCAUUCAGCGGUCGUGUCUAG